AUCCUCAUAUCAAUGCACUGCCAAUGGGUUAUAUCCUGUGUUGUGACCUCAUGGUUUAAGUGGGAAUAAAGAUGAGUAUAAGCAGUGAUGAGGUCAACUUCUUGGUAUAUAGGUACUUGCAAGAGUCAGGAUUUUCUCAUUCAGCAUUUACCUUUAGUAUAGAGAGCCAUAUUUGCCCAUCUAACAUAAAUGGUGCCCUCAUCCCACCUGCUGCAUUGAUAUCCAUCAUCCAGAAAGGCCUCCAGUAUGUAGAGGCAGAAGUUAGUAUCAGUGAGGAUGGCACCUUGUUUGAUGGUCGACCAGAGUCUCUGUCCUUGAUAGAUGCCGUCAUGCCUGAUGUAGUACAAACCAGACAGCAAGCCUACAGAGACGAGCUCGCACAGCAGCAUGCUGCUGCCGCUGCCACAAACCAGCAAGGGUCUGCAAAAAAUGGAAAGAACACAGUCAAUGGGGAGGAGAAUGGAGCACACACUAUAGCAAAUAACCACACUGACAUGAUGGAAGUGGAUGGGGAUGUUGAAAUCCCUCCUAAUAAGGCGGUUGUGGUACGGGGCCAUGAGUCUGAAGUCUUCAUCUGUGCCUGGAACCCUGUUAGUGAUCCACUGGCAUCAGCGUCUGGAGACUCAACAGCAAGAAUAUGGAAUCUUAGUGAGAAUAGCACUAGCGGCUCCACGCAGCUAGUACUUAGACACUGCAUACGGGAAGGCGGGCAGGAUGUUCCCAGCAACAAGGAUGUAACAUCUCUAGGCUGGAAUAGUGAAGGCACACUUCUAGCAACUGGGUCAUAUGAUGGAUUUGCCAGAAUAUGGACUAAGGAUGGUAAUCUUGCUAGCACCUUAGGACAGCAUACAGGCCCUAUAUUUGCAUUAAAAUGGAAUAAGAAAGGACAUUUCGUCUUAAGUGCUGGAGUAGACAAGACCACAAUUAUUUGGGAUGCACAUACUGGAGAAGCCAAGCAGCAGUUUCCUUUUCAUGCAGCACCAGCCCUGGAUGUCGACUGGCAGAGCAACACCUUCGCUUCUUGUAGUACAGAUACGUGCAUCCAUGUCUGCAAAUUAGGACAAGACAGGCCUAUUAAAACAUUCCAGGGACAUACAAAUGAAGUAAAUGCCAUCAAGUGGGACCCAACCGGCAACCUCCUGGCCUCCUGUUCUGACGACAUGACUCUGAAGAUAUGGAGUAUGAAGCAAGAUAACUGUGUCCAUGAUUUGCAAGCACAUAACAAAGAAAUUUAUACUAUCAAAUGGAAUCCAACAGGAGCAGGCACAAAUAACCCAAAUGCCAACCUGAUGUUAGCAAGUGCAUCCUUCGAUUCUACUGUCUGGUUAUGGGAUGUGGACCAAGGCAUCUGCAUCCACACUCUGACAAAGCUCCAGGAGCCUGUGUACAGCGUAGCUUUCAGUCUUGAUGGCAGGUACCUGGCAUGUGGUUCAUUUGACAUCUGGAACACACAGACAGGUGCUGUAGUUCAUAGCUACCGGGGAACAGGUGGAAUUUUUGAAGUCUGCUGGAAUGCAGCCGGAGACAAAGUUGGAGCCGGUGCAUCGGAUGGCUCCGUGUGUGUACUAGACCUUCAGAAAUAGCGCUACUAGUUGGAAGCCAUGGACUGACUGUGAAUGUGUACAUAGCCAAAAUGACUGUCCCUGACCUACGAACUGCUCUAGUCCCACUCGAGCCAUGGCCAGUCCACUACAGCCACACCCAAGAGAAUUAUGUACAUGCAGUGUAUGUAAACAAAACCAUACCUGAAGAUGACAGAGCUUCACCACAGCUUGUGAAUUCUGCUCACCAAGUGCUGGAAUCUAAUCUGCUGUGCCCCUAAGAUAGCGUUUAGAAGACUUCGUAUGAAAAACAGAGAGAAAGAAAUAUGCGUUCUAAAAGCCGACCAUAUGCGUACCAGGUUUUGGAUGCGACUGGCAGCCUUGCUUCUCCCU